GUGACAGCGUACAGUUCCUCGGACCGUGCGGCGGCCUGGAAUACGUCGCCAACGCCGUCAAACACAUCACCCUCGUAGCCAGCGGCGUCGGCAUCACGCCCUGCCUGCAGAUCGUGCGAGCCGUGACCUCUGACCCCGACGACAGGACCCGAACCCGGCUGCUGUACUACGCCGACACGCGCGCGGACUUGCUGUUUAAGGAGGAGCUGGAUCGGCUGGCGGGCAAGCACGCGGGGAAGCUGAGCAUCUUCUAUAGCGUCGGAGAGACGGACGACACGUGGCAGGGCGCUGAGGGCUUCAUAGGAAAGGAGGCGCUGAAGGCGAAUCUUCCCGAGCAGCAGGAGACAUCGCAGAAGAUCAUUCUCUCGGGAGGUCCGCAGAUGAUCCUGUCGUCUCUUCAGUCGCUGUUCUCUCUCGACCGCCGCAGCGAAGACGUCUACAUCUACGGUCCGUUCGGUGCCGAGCAGAUACGAGCAGUGUACGGCCGCAAUGCUAAGUUAGGCUCACACAAAGUCCUCGCUCCCGCCACAGGGGUAGAGCUACGUUAAAACAAAUGUCUAAAUCUACUCUAGCUCUAGUGAUAUAGCCAUUGUUAUCACAGGGUUACUGUGACAGCAAGGGCUAUAGUACAGACCUAGAGUUUAGAUCUACCAGGGCGCUAAACACACGCGCACGCACGCACACACGCACGCACGCACACACACAGAGGGGGAGGGAGAGAGAG